AAUGGAUUAGAAAUCUACAUAUAGGACAAGUGUUCGUAGAGCAACAGUGUAAGUUGGUGGAAGCCCUUCAAAUAUGUAUAGACCAGAAUAUUGUAAUAUAAAAAUGUAAUGUUAAUAGAGGUUGAAUAAUUUGGAUUAUAAGCCAGUCCUAGAGAUACUUCUAAAAUAUGGGAGUUGAUGGAUUCGUACUAGGGAAGUGACAAAGUAGCAUUGUAAUAAUCAAUUGUUCAUCAUGUUGAAUACACAUUGGCAAGAACACGCUUUGAUUUCUCAAAAUUUCAUAGUUAUUAAGCUUUGUCUCAUUCUGUAAGAGAUAGAUUGAUUGAAGCAUUUAAUGAUACAAAUUUACAUUUUCAUUAAAUGGAUGCCAAACGUAUAUACUAUUUGAGUUUGGAAUUUUUGAUAGGGAGAUGUUUAUAAAAUGCAUUAGUCAAUUUAGAUUUAGAAGAUGAUUAUAGAGAAGCAUUAUUAGAACUUGGAUAUAAAUUAGAAGAAUUAUACGAUGAAGAAGUAGAUCCUGCUUUAGGUAAUGGAGGUUUAGGAAGAUUAGCAGCUUGUUUUUUGGAUUCAUUAGCUACAUUAAAUUAUCCAUCAUUUGGAUAUGGAAUAAGAUAUACUUAUGGAAUAUUUAAAUAAUUAAUUAAAGAUGGUUAUUAAGUAGAAUCACCAGAUUUUUGGUUGAAUUAAGGAAAUCCAUGGGAAAUAGAAAGAUUAGAUGUUUAAUAUUAAAUUAGAUUUUAUGGUUUUGUAAAAAAAGUAUGGGAUCAUGGAGUUGAAAGAAGUGUUUGGGAAGGAGGUGAAACUAUUAUGGCUAGAGCAUAUGAUACUCCAAUUCCUGGAUAUAAUACAUAAAAUACAAUAGCAUUAAGAUUAUGGAAAUCACAUCCUGCAUCAGAAUUCGAUUUUAGUAGUUUUAAUACAGGAGAUUACUUUAAAGCAUUAGAAUAAAGAUAAAAAGCAGAAUAUAUAACAUCUGUUUUAUAUCCAAAUGAUUCAACUGAUGCUGGAAAAGAAUUAAGAUUAAAAUAAUAAUAUCUUUUGGUUUCUGCCAGUAUGUAAGAUAUUGUAAGAAGAUUUAAGAGAAGAAAAGUUUUAGAUUGGAAUGCAUUUCCAUCUAAAGUUGCUGUAUAAUUAAAUGAUACGCAUCCUGCAUUAGCUAUUGUUGAAUUACUUCGUAUUUUAAUAGAUAUUGAAUAAUUGGAUAACAUGAGUGCUUGGUAAAUUGUUACUAAAUCUUUUAAUUAUACAAAUCAUACAGUAUUACCAGAAGCCCUUGAAAAAUGGGGUGUACCUUUAAUUGAAAAAUUGCUUCCAAGACAUUUAGAAAUUAUAUAUUUAAUUAAUUUCCUAUUUUUAGAAAAAGUACAAUAGAAAUAUCCAAAUAAUUGGGGUAAAUUAAGUGCUCUUUCAAUCGUUGAAGAAGAAGGAACAAAAAAAGUAAGAAUGUCUAAUUUAUCUAUUGUUGGUUCAAAAUUUGUUAAUGGAGUAGCUAAGAUUCAUACAGAAUUAUUAAAAACAACUAUAUUUAAAGAAUUCUUUGAAAUGCAUCCAAAUAAAUUUUAAAAUAAAACAAAUGGAGUUACUCCUAGAAGAUGGGUUAGAUGUGCAAAUCCUGCUUUAGCUGCAUUAUAUGAUCGAGUGUUAGGUAGUGAUAAAUGGGUUUAAGAUAUGGAAUAAUUGAAAUAAUUGGAACCUAAUGCUACAGAUCCUUAAUUUGUUAGAGAUUUCUAAAUGAUUAAAAUGGAAAAUAAAGAAAGAUUUGUUCAUUGGAUUAGAAAGACCUGUUAAGUUGAUUUAAAUAUUGAUUCGUUAUUUGAUAUUUAAGCCAAAAGAAUUCAUGAGUACAAAAGAUAAUUAAUGAACAUUUUAUAUGUUAUUUAUAGAUACUUGGUUAUUAAGGAAUCUUCACCUGAAGAAAGAAAAAGAAUUGUACCUAGAAGUGUAUGUUUUGGUGGUAAAGCAGCUCCUGGUUAUGCAAAUGCAAAAAGAGUUAUUAAAUUAAUUAAUUCAGUUGCUGAUGUUGUUAAUAAUGAUCAUUAAAUUGGAGAUCUAUUAAAAGUAGUUUUUAUGCCUAAUUAUAAUGUCAGUAAUGCUUAAAUUAUUAUUCCUGCUGCAGAAUUAUCUUAACAUAUAUCAACUGCUGGAACAGAAGCAUCAGGUACAUCAAAUAUGAAAUUUAUUAUGAAUGGAUGUUUAAUAUUAGGUACCUUGGAUGGAGCAAAUGUAGAAAUUGAUGAAGCAGUUGGAAGAGAAAAUAUUUUCAUUUUUGGAACUUAAGUUGAAGAUGUUGAUAAUAUGAAAGAAAAAAUGAGAAACACAGAUCCUCAUGAAUAUUUCCCAUAAGAAUUAUUGAAAGUGUUUUAAGAAAUUGAUAAUGGAAGAUUUGGACAUAAUGAAGAAUUGAGAUGGAUUAUAGAUAGUAUAAGACAUAAGAAUGAUAAUUAUUUGGUUGGUUAAGAUUUCAAAGACUAUAUUAAAGCAUAACAAUAAGUAAUAAAUUAUAAUAUUUUAGGUUGAUGAAUUAUAUCGUUAACCAAAUGAAUGGGCUAAAAAAAGUAUUUACAAUGCCAUUAGAUCUUUUAAAUUUAGCAGUGAUAGAACCAUCUAAGAGUAUGCUGAAGAAAUUUGGCAAUUGAAACCAAUAAAAGUUCCUGAACCUGCUGCUUAAAAGCAUGAAAGAGUCAAAGGUAUUACUUUGAGUAAAUCACAAUAAGAAAUGGCUGAUAAAAUAAAAAAUUGAUAUCA